AUGUUUUGGGGUUUGACAAUACUGUUGAUGACAUCUGGAAUGGUUUUCAACAUAUACGAACUGACACAACGCUACAUGGAUCGGCCGAAGCAAGUAACACUGAGCAUCACUAGGAACGAUGCACUGAACUUUCCAUCAGUGACCAUCUGCAACAUGAAUCCUGUCAAAAAAUCUGCCCUGGAAGGACAACAGAACAAAUGCUGUCCUCCAAAAUGGUUGUAUUAUUCAAACUACUGCUAUGGAGCAUUUCAACCGUCUGUAACUUGGCAGGAUGCUAAUUCCACCUGUGUGAGAAUGAAAAGUAUUUUGUUUGAUUCUAUUUGGCUAGGUAACGACUCGCCAUUCCGCGUGUACAUGGCAGACUCAAUGAAUGAGAAAACCAGGUGCUUCCGACUCGAAAUCGUGUUCAUGGCCUACUUCGACAGACCAUGUGAUGUCAACUUCGAUUUUGUCUGCAAACGAAAAGGUUAG